AUGAAUCACAGCCAACAACAUCCGUCGAUCGAGAUCGACGACGCGGCAUAUCCUUCCGACUCAAACUACUCCCCGGCCAACCACCCCUCCAGCUCCAUCAGCAAUGCCGCUUACCCGUCAAACUCGUCCUACCGGCCCUCGGACCCGACCACGUCUACCGACGACAAGCUCGCCAUGCCCAACGCCCGCUAUUCUCAGUCGUACGAUGCCGGCUCCGGCGCAAGCAGCAGAAGCAACAAUAACAACAACAUACAACUAGUCUACCCGUCAUAUCCCCCCAGCGCCGCCCAAUCGCCCCUGGGCUGGGCUCAUUCGCCAACUCACGACCCGUUGCUUGGCUCCUACUCGCCCGCGCGUAGUCCGGUAACCCCAUGGAGCCCGGACGGCAUGUCCGCCGCGAAUCCCAACCUGCCCCCGCCGCCGCCGUAUGAUGCCUCGAGGACGAGCACUGGCACGAACCCCCCCACGCCUCGAGACCCUGUGUCGCCCAACUCCUCGGAGCGCGCCCUGCUCGGAUCGCAGCAGUCUCGUCAGCAACGGAACGCGGCGCAUCCCCCAAGGCCUCAGAGCACCCACUUCGAAGCGCCACAACAGUCGCCUGCGCCAGCCGAGGCGCAUGUCGCGGGUGCGCCGCCGGAACAAGGGGAACGGGGCGGGCCGCGUACAUACUUGCAAUCUAUGACGGGCGGUAUGCCGGCCUACGGUAGCAACCCUGGACAGCUUGGUCCCGUGGCGCAAGCGAGACGGCGGCGAAAGGUGAAGCUCGGCAUUCUCGUUGGUGUUCUUUGCGCCGUUCUGUUGUUUCUGGUCGCCUUGGUGGUGGGUAUCUUACUCGGCGUCGUCAAGUUGAACAAGGACGACAAGUUCAGGCUACCUCCGCCACCUCCGCCACCUCCGCCGGGCUUUGGGGGCUCUUAA